AGUAUUAGAAUUCAGUGAAUAGUGCCGUUGUUGUUCUCUCUCCUCUUUGUCAGUUCAUUAGGGUUUUCCAUUGGCUCGCUUGAGUUAGUUUUGAGAGUUAAAUUUCUUUAAAUUGAAUUUCCCCCCUCCUCUUGAAUCAAUUUUCCUUCUUACAGAUUUGUUUGCUCGAAGUACUAAACUAAGCCCCACUCCUCUUCUCCAUUUGUUUAUAUAGAAACUCUCUCUUGUCACCGAGCUCUGGAUAUAAAGACCAGAGGGGCAGAGCCUGUUCAUUUCAGGUAGGUGAUCCAGAGGAAAUUGGAAUUUUAAUCCCUUACGAGUCUUCUUGGCGUAAGCGUGGUUAGCCUCAUUCUUUGUUAGUUGCUCAGCAACCUGGAGGCACCUGAAUCAGCUUAGAAUGGAAUCUAUGGAAAUUGACAAGGAAAGUAAUGGAAAUACACCAACGACAAGGGAAAAUGGUUCCCAUCUAAGGCCAGUUGCACCUGAGGAGUCUGGCGAAGGCUUUCCGUAUGCUCCUGUAGAUUGGCCAAAACCUGGUGACAUUUGGAAAUGGAGAGUAGGAAGAAGAGUUGCUUUUAAUGGGCAUUUUUUGGACAGGUACUUGUAUCCUCCUCGCCGCCUUGGUCGUCCUGAAAAUUUGCCAGGUAGUAAACGUGGAUUUGCAAGCAAGCUUUCAGUUGAACGUUAUAUCCGAACAAAAUUUCCCGAUGCAAAUGUUGAGGCAUUUUUUGCUUCAUUUAGCUGGAAGAUACCUUCAAAAGUGGCGCCAACAAAUGGUAAUUUGGAGGGGCAUACUUUUUUGCCUUUUGAAGAAACAGCUGAAAAUUCUGAGUCUGAUUCUCAGUCUGAUGCUGCAAGAUGUAAGGCUGGAAAUAAGAGGUGUGAUAGUCUCAUGGUACAAGCAGAAAAUGUAUCUAUAUCUGCAAUGCCUUGUGACAUUUGUUGCAAUGAACCCCGUUUCUGCCGUGAUUGCUGUUGUAUUUUGUGUUGCAAAAUCAUAAAUUCUAAGUAUGGAGGCUACAGUUACAUAAAAUGUCAAGCUUUGGUCAGUGAGGGUUAUAUAUGUGGCCAUGUUGCCCACAUCGACUGUGCUCUUCGGACAUAUAUGGCUGGAACAGUUGGAGGAAGCAUUGGCCUAGAUGUUGAGUACUACUGCCGCCGUUGCGAUACGAAGACAGAUCUGGUUUCACAUAUUACGAGGCUUUUGCAAACGUGUGAAUCUGUUGAUUCCUGUGAAGAAUUAGAAAAAAUAUUAACUGUUGGCAUUUGCAUUUUACGUGGGUCCCAGAGAAGCACUGCAAAGGGACUGCUGAACCGAAUUGAAUCAGUCAUUGCAAAGCUUAAAUGUGGGACCAGUCUGGAUGAUGUAUGGAAAGCUGAAGAGGAUGUCUCAGCUAUUUCUGCAGGUGUCUCUCCUCAUGUCAUGGCGGAGGUUACUAAUCAUCAAGACCUUUUAGACAGUGUUAUAAGAUCGCCUCACACUGUAUCUCUGUCUUUGGAUUACCGGGCAGAAGUUCUAAAACUGGAGGAUGAGAUUGAUCAGGCUCUUCAUGAACUACGGAAAUCUCAGGCAUCUGAAUAUAAAAUUGCGGAGGAUCGACUUUAUGCUCAAAAAGGAUAUCUUCAUAACCUCUAUCAGCAACUUGAAAGAGAAAGAUCUGAAUGGACACAUUGCAAGUCCAUCACCAAGAAGGAUGUCUUGCUGGAUGCUGUCUUAAACAGGGUGGAUCAGAUAAAACAGGAAGUCGCAAAACUAAAGGAUAUGGAACAAGUGGCCAAGGGAUUUGGAAGGACCUCCAAGGGGAUCCUGAGAGAACACUUUGGUUUAGAAAUUGAAGAAUAGAUUCAAUUCAUUCAAGAUUUUUAUCAAUUUGUGCUAUGGUACUGCUAUAGUCUUCAUGCAAGGACCCAAUUAACUUGGCGAAUCUGAGUGUCAUAUUGCGACACUCUGUUUGUGGAGUCAUAAGCGUUGGCUUGAGGGAUUUAGCCGUGCAGAUGAUGAGAUCUAGUGUUGUAAAGAUAAUAAUUGGGUGAUGAAGCCAGCGGUAACAGCUUCUAUUGGAUAGUGUGCGCGAGAGCUUAUUGCGGAAUAUGCUGCUGCUGUGUGCCAUGUGCUAUUCAAUUUUGGCUUAUUUGACCAGAAAACGUGCACUAGUUGUGGGUUGUCAAUUCUUUCUGGGAAUAAGCGAUCUGCGCGGGGUUACAAUUCUUUCUGGGAAAGGUUACUGAUAGCAAUAAUGGAUUAUCGCAGAUGAUGCGAGUUGUUCUCGGAAAAAGUUGAUAGACAUAUUCAAGAAAGCAUUGAUGUUUUAACAAUGAAAAUCUUAAUUGGUUUUAGCUUUGUGUUUA